AAUUCAGGAGGCCCCCGGAACCUUUGUUGCGCCACCGACGUUGCAACUCGGGCGGAAAGACAGACGGACUUGAACGUUGAGAAGCGGAGAUGGAGCUAAUAAAAAAGGGCGAAAGGUGGAACCUGUAGCCAAUAAUAGAGGCAGAAAAAGUGACGUAGACGGAAGUGUGCGGGACGGUCGCGGAAGUUCAGUAGACAGGGAUCCUAAACGGUUCUGUGCCAGUGAGAACAGAAGGCGAAGAUGUCGGAGCGAAAAGUUUUAAACAAAUACUAUCCUCCCGACUUUGACCCGUCAAAGAUCCCCAAGCUCAAGCUCCCCAAAGACCGGCAGUACGUGGUGCGGUUGAUGGCCCCCUUCAAUAUGAGGUGUAAGACGUGCGGAGAAUACAUCUAUAAGGGUAAGAAAUUCAACGCGCGCAAAGAGACAGUGCAGAACGAGGUCUACUUGGGUCUGCCCAUCUUCCGUUUCUAUAUCAAGUGCACGCGCUGCCUAGCAGAGAUCACCUUCAAGACAGACCCCGAAAAUACAGACUACACCAUGGAGCACGGAGCCACGCGGAACUUCCAGGCUGAGAAGCUCCUGGAGGAGGAGGAGAAGAGAGUGCAGAAGGAACGGGAGGAUGAGGAGCUGAACAACCCUAUGAAGGUGCUGGAGAACCGAACCAAGGACUCCAAGCUGGAGAUGGAGGUACUGGAGAACCUACAGGAGCUCAAGGACCUGAACCAGCGGCAGGCCCACGUGGACUUUGAGGCCAUGCUGCGACAGCAUCGCCUGUCUGAGGAGGAGCGCCAGAAGCAGGAGCAGGAGGAGGAUGAGCGGGAGACAGCGGCCUUAGUGGAACAAGCUAGGAAACGAAGACUGCUGGAGGACUCCGAUUCGGAAGAGGAUGCUGCUGCACCUGCCCCGCCUCCACCGACCCUCCGGCCCAAACCCACCGCUAUCCUGGACGAGGCCCCGAAGGUGAAGAGGAAGGCGGAGAGCUGGGAGCGGAGCGUGGGCACCCUUGGCAGCAGGCCCCAGCUGUCAGGCCUUGUCGUGGUAAAGAAAACAGAUCUGAAUUGCAGCACCCCACAGGACCAGCCAGCACCCACCCUGGGCACUGUGAAGAACGGGAAGGCGGCAGACCCUGCACCGAGGACACCCGGCACCUCCUCCCUGAGCCAGCUAGGUGCGUAUUCGGAUAGUGAGGACAGCAGCAGCAGCAACUGAACCUUUAUCCAGGCCAAUGCUCAUAUGUCCAACUCCAACUGGUGGUUCUGGGAGGAGGCACCAACCAUAGCACAACCAGACAAAAUUAACAUCUUCAGAGGUUGGCGGGACCAGCCAGGGCUUCAGCUGAGGAACUUGGUUUCUCUCUUGUCCCCUCAACCACCAGUGGAAAGUAGCUCAUGCUUCCCAUCCACCUGGCACUAAGUUGAGGAUUGUGACAUCCUUGGAGGGAUGCAUCCUUUCUUAGACAGCCCUUGAGAUGUUAACCAUGUUUUGGGCAUGUGGGUGAGCCCACCCCACCGAUCGGCUCCAUCCCUUUCCACCGCGAACAAGAUAGUCUGGAACCAAUAAAAGGGACUCCCACCCCCCAACACACAAAACCACUUUAGCUUGGGAAUAUUGCUGCCACUGGACAUAAUUCAAGUCAAUUCCUACAUGAGGACACAUUAAAAUCCUAGAACUGUGAAAUAUACAUAGUAACUACAAGUGGAAGACAUCCUGGCUGUUUUCAAUUCACAACAGGUAGAAAUUCAUUUUUCAAAUGACGGAUUCUGAACUCAAGUCCAAGCUACUGGAAAAAAGUGUUUUCUGCUGAUUGCCUACCCAGCAUGAACACUGGGACGCUGUGGGAGGGGUGGGAAGCCACCACUCCCAUGGACUCUCCUAGCAGAUUUGUUACAAUGGAUCCUUUUUUGGACUGUUUAAUAUACCAAAUAAGACUCAAUUUGUUUAAUAAAGUUUUGUUAAGUGACUGUAAA